AUGUUGUUCACUCGCUCCUUCCUGACCCUCCUUUCUCUCGUGGCCCUCGUCGCCGCCGAUCCCCUCAUUUCCCGCCACGUCCUCCACGAAAAGCGCGCGCACACGCCCGCGGGCUGGGCGCGCUCCCGCAAGCACGAUGCCGCCGCCGUCCUCCCCUUGCGCAUUGGCCUCACGCAGAGCAACAUGGACAGGCUCGAGGAGAUGUUGCUCGAGGUGUCCGACCCGGACUCGCCGAGCUUUGGCAAGCACUGGAACGCCGGCAAGGUCGCGCAGACUUUCAAGCCGAGCGAUGAGACUGUUAGCACUGUCCACGAGUGGCUGAAGACGUCCGGUAUCCAUCCAUCCAGGAUCAGGUUGACCAAAGCCAAGACCUGGAUUGAAGUCAAUGCCACUGUUGAGGAGGCCGAGCAGCUGCUUCAAACCGAGUAUCACGUCUACACACACGAAUCAGGCAAAGAGCACGUCGCUUGCGACGCGUACCACGUCCCCGAGCACGUGAGCAAGCACGUCGACAUCAUCAUGCCCUCCAUCCAUUUCGACGCCGUCAUCAAGCGCGACGGCGCCUCCAGCCACACCCUGAGCAAUAUCGGCCAGCCUGGUGUCGGCCUGACGCCCAAGACCACCGGGACGAUCUCGGAUUUGUUGACCCAGUUGGAGAACUGUGACCAGCAGAUCACGCCCAUUUGCUUGCGGGCGCUGUACAACUUUGUUUACAUACCGGUGGCAACCAGCAAGAACAGCUAUGGUAUCGUUGAGUAUACCCCCCAGGCGUACCUCCAGUCUGACCUGGAUAUGUUCUUCACAAAUUUUUCGAAGGGUCAAGUCGGUCAGUCCCCGAAGGUAGUGUCCAUCGACGGAGGCUACGCACAGACGGAGUACACCGGCUUUGGCUACAACGGCGAGAGCGACCUCGACCUGCAAUAUGGCAUGGCGCUCGUGAACCCGCAGCCCGUCACCCUCUACCAGACCGGCGACAUGGUCGAAGGUGCCUCCUUCAACAACUUCCUCGACGCGAUCGACGGCUCGUACUGCACCUUCGAGGGCGGCGACGACCCGUACAACGACGCGACGUACCCGGACCCGUACGGCGGGUACGAGGGCCCUGAGGACUGCGGCACCACGAAGCCCGCGUAUGUGAUCUCGACGUCAUACGCGUAUAACGAGGCGGACCUGUCGCCCGCGUACGCGGCGCGCCAGUGCGCGGAGUACGCGAAGCUCGGGCUGAUGGGCACGACGGUGCUGUAUAGUUCGGGGGAUAACGGUGUUGCGGGGAACAGCGGGGUGUGUCUGAACGCUGAUGGUGCGUGUACGCAAUCGUCGAGCGCGACGGGCUUCAACCCCUCGUUCCCCGGGACGUGCCCGUACAUCACGUCGGUCGGCGCGACCCAGGUCGUCGCGGGGCACAGCGUGUACCAGCCCGAGUCCGCGUGCAUGGAGGUCAUCUACUCCGGCGGCGGGUUCAGCAACUACUUCGCCAUGCCGUCCUACCAGCAGAGCGCGGUGCAGCACUACCUGGCGGCGUACCCGCCGCCGUACUCCGCCAGCCAGUACAACGCCACCGGCAAGUCGAGGGCGUUCCCGGAUCUGUCCGCGAACGGCGCGAACUACGUCGUGGCCGUCGACGGCCAGUUCGAGCUCGUGUUCGGCACGAGCGCGUCGUCGCCCGUCAUGGGCGCCAUCCUGACCGCGAUCAACGACGCCCGGCUGGCGCUCGGCAAGGGCCCCAUCGGGUUCAUCAACCCCACCAUCUACUCCGCGGGCUUCACUGGCGCGUUCAACGACAUCACGAACGGGACGAACCCCGGGUGCGGCACGCCCGGGUUCAGCGCGGAGCCCGGCUGGGAUCCCGUUACUGGUCUCGGGACCCCCAAUUUCGCGAAGUUGCUCGCGCGCUGGUUGCUCUUGCCAUGA